AUGGAUCCAUCGAUAAUUAAUGAGCCAAGUUCUGAUGACAUCUCUGGUGAAGUUAGUAUUGGGUCGUUAUUUGAAUCUUUCAGGGAUUCAUUAGACCAACAUUAUGAUAGGCGAGAGCGUAUUGUCAAGGCGUCAAGAGAUAUCACAGCUUUGAGUAAAAAACUUAUUGGUCUUGCACACAGAGUUACUCAAAAACCGUUAAAGUCUAUUCUUCAAGAAGCAAAUGAGAAAAAAGAAGAAAUAACUCAACUUUUCAAAGAAAUUUCCCUUGAUUUGCAGGGCAUUAAUUAUUAUAGAUAUCACAAAAACAUUUCUCCUUCGAUACAAGAAUAUAUUGAAGCAAUUUCAUUUUUGGAAUAUUUGCAAAAUGAUCGACUGAUUACGAAAGAACAAGUUGAAAAAGAUUUUACAGAUGAAACCGAAGACUAUGUAUUGGGCCUAGCUGAUCUAACAGGUGAAUUAAUGAGAUAUGCUAUUAAUAGCGUGGGAAAAGGAGAUCAUGAUCGAGUGAUCAAGGUCUGCCAAUUCUUACGUGAUAUAAAGACUGGUGCGUUAGUACUUCAAAAUUGUUCUUUUCAUCCACCGUUCAUAAUUUCGCAAGCGUCUCUUAUUUUCACUCGAUACGUCAAAAAAAAAAAAGAUUUUGACAUUCUUAGAGUUCGUCCAAGAUCUCCGUUAGGUCGAAAGGUUGAUACAAUACGCCAAAGUUUAUCAAAAGUUGAAGAUGCCUGUUAUGCCAUAACGAUCAGGGGUUCAGAAUAUCCCAAGGAAUUUUAUCAACACAUUGUUAGUGAACAUGCAAGAAGUUAUGAAUAUAUGGAAGAAGAAGA